UAAUAGAACUCCGUUCCCUAUCCAGUUCCUCCAAAGGAUAAGAAAAUAAGCCAGGAAGAGGCUCUAUCUUCUUCCUUGUCCUUUACUUUCUUCAUCAAUCAAGAAUUUCAACAAUGGCGCAAACACUAGCAACUCCUGUACUACCUUCUCUCUCCCUUAUCUCCAACACAUCUUCCAUCUCCAAGCACAAUUCCCUCUCUUUUCCCACUCCCACAUCUUUUCCAAAGAUUGGAGGUUUGACUAUAAAGUGUGUGCGUGUGGGAGGAGUGGAGGUUCCAAACAACAAAAGGGUUGAGUUUUCUCUGCAAUACAUUCAUGGAAUUGGCCGCACCAGUGCACGCCAGAUUCUGGUAGACCUUCAAAUGGAGAACAAAGUCAUGAAAGACUUAUCGGAAGAAGAGCUUAUCACUCUUCGUGAAGAAGUCUCUAAGUACACGAUUGAAGGAGACCUUAGGAGAUUCAAUGCUCUUGCCAUUAGGAGAUUGAAGGAGAUUCAGUGUUACAGAGGAGUAAGGCACAUCCAAGGAUUGCCUUGCAGAGGACAGCGAACAAAGAACAAUUGCCGUACUUUGAAGGGCAAGAAAGUUGCAAUUGCCGGGAAGAAGAAGUCACCUCGCUAAAUCAAAGAUUCAAUUUUUCAUUUCUUUUGGUAACUAACUUGUAAAAGUCAUACCUAUUCCUAUGGCAAACUGUGCAUUUGUUUGUUACUGAACAGUAUUUCCAUUGAAAUCAUUUUUCUACAUUUCAAGAUAAGAGUUUUUCAAGAAA